AUGGAGUCAGGCUCUCAGACAGCUGUCCUGCAGAAGCUGUUCGAUGACCUUUGUAGAGAGACCGACCAAAGAAAGAUCUACCAAACCCUGAUGGAACUGUCUACUGUGCCGAGCCUGUGUGACUACCUGGCAGAGAUUGGCUUCAGAGAGACCAUCAAGCAGCUGAAGAAACAGCAGCUUCUAGUCCAAUUUGUAAAGGACUUAGUAGCCAAGUGGUCCCCUGGGCUCCCGAGCCAAACAUCACACAUAAGGGCCGAUCCUUGGGCACCUAGCAGUCAGAACCUGGAUCCAAGAGAAAGCCUGAGCUCUGAGCGGCACCUAGGUAGCCAGAACCAGGUGCAGGAAAGACCGCCCAGGGCAAGCCUGGAGAAGACUUGGCAGCAUGAAGGAGCCGAGCCCCUCCUCUCCAGAAAGCCAGGUUCUGAGACAGGCAAUCCCAAGUGGCUUUUGUGUGGAGGGCACAGGAAGAGCCAGCCACCAGACCACUGGAAGCAGGAGGAAGCCCCUGGGGAUGGUUCAUUGUGGAGUUGCCUCCAAGCUGAAUACUGCUCUUCUUCUUCAUCUUCUUCUUCUUUGGCCCUGCCUCCCUGCAAGAGGAAGAGGGAAUCCCCCAGUCUGGCUGGGGUGCAGAGGCCAGCUGCCAAGGUCCCUCCAGGUGAGUCUAGAAGCUCCAAGGAGCCGAGUCCCAUCACUGACUGUGCCAUUCCGGAGUCCCCCUCGACUGGCCAAGCCUGCUUCCCACCGGAUGUUGUCCUGGAUCCCUCUUCCUCUCAGCAGGAUCAAGACUCCUCAACUUGCUGGUGGGCACUGAGGAAGAAGCACAAGACCCAAGUCUAUUCGGGUUGCAGGCCUGCAGCCCAUCUCCAGCAGAAAUCCCACCAAAGGCUCCAUUCAGAGGAGGGCCUUGGCAUCAGGAAUGCUGCUCACGGCCAGGCUCUCAAGGAUGAAGCUGAGCCAGAGCAACUGGAUGAAAACUCCCAGCCUGAGACCCAGACCUGCAAGCCAACCCAUAGCAGCCCUGAGUCUGCCACACACCUACAGCUUCAGGAAUCCCAAGAGGAGAGGCUGCAAAGACUCAGAGCCCGCAUCCAAAACACAUUGGACAAGAGGCUGCAAGCCAGACAGACAAAGAUGGUCUUCCACACCCAGCACAAGGGUCCUGACCAACAAGGACAGCCUGGACCCAGAGGGGCUGCCUUUGCUCCACAUUCACACAGCCUUCCUAAGGCUUCUGCCCAUCCCAGAACCCAGAAGGCUCCCCAGCUGCCCUCUGUAGCAAGAGACUGCAAGAAGGCCCCUGCUAAGAGACCCACCCCUCUCAUGGCCAAAGCACUGAAGGACUACAGCAAUCGCUUCUCUAAAAGGUGA